AAACAUACCAUACGAUUUCUCAUUGCGGGAGCGCCGAUAUUAGUGAAAAAUUGUUGAGGACUCGCUAUCGUUAAGUAAAAUAUUUAAAAAUUACUAACCUAUGAAAGUAGUUUUAAGUAAAUUAAAUAUAUAUUGGUCGUGCUCUCUAAUGGAAUUUUGAAAGAAAUAUAAAUAUAUUGAGAAGGCAAUAAAAAAAAACAAGUAAAGUAUAAGCAAAUCAUAUUUACUAUAAAUGGGCAAUCGUGUUAAAUGUUGGAAUUUUUUAUUUAGUCGACUUGGAUAACUAUUGUUAAAAUUUGUCUCUAAUAUAUAGAAAUACAUAUGUUAUUAUAAGAACGGUAACCAAAAGAUUGUAACGUACGAGUAGAAGCUGAAAUUAAAGUGUUGGUGCAGUCGAAAUUUACACCGAUCGUGACGACAGUCAUCAAAGUUAGCGUAUCACAGUGAAGCGUUGGCGCAGCUUACGCACACGUACAAAGUUUUUUUGUGUGAUGUUAAACAAGUGAAUAGCCAGUGAACACCAAGUGUAAACUGACUACGAUUGUUGGCAGGCUAAAUCGAGAUUGAUUUCAAUAGAUUCGGGAGACGGAUGCAAGUUGCCACUUUACUAUAUGCCGUGCUGAUCUACUGGCUGUGGGUGGAAAAAUAUUAUCUACAUACCAAAAAUUAAGAAAUCAGUGUAUAUACUGCCGAAAGUAUCAUAUUGCUAACAUCAAUAAUACUUUUAUCAAAAUUGUCACCGACAAACGGAAAAGGAAAGUGGAGGUAAAGUUUGAAGUUGUAAGAACUGCAUUCACGCGUAUUGGUCACAAAUUUGUUUUGAGGUUAUAACAUGAUUUUACUGGAAAUCAAUAACCGCAUCGUCGAAGAGACACUUCUUGUCAAAUUUCGUAAUGCGUUAGCUGGUGUGAAAGCGGAAUCUAUUGACGUUCGAAUUGCUGACUUUGAUGGCGUGCUAUUUCACAUUUCAAAUGUUAAUGGCGAUAAGACUAAAGUUAGGACAAGCAUUUCGUUGAAGUUCUACAAGCAGUUACAGGAGCAUGGUGCUGACGAAUUGCUGAAGCGUGAAUAUGGCGGUUUAUUAACAGACACUGAAGAUGGCUACAACGUGUCGGUACUUAUUGACCUAGAAAAUAUACCUGCUGACUGGGAGGCAGUUGCUAAAAAUAUUGGCCUGUUGAAACGCAAUUGCUUUGCUUCUGUUUUUGAAAAAUACUUCGAUUUUCAAGAACAGGGUGAAGAGGGCCAAAAGCGUGCUGUAAUUAAUUACCGAAACGAUGAAACUCUUUAUGUUGAGGCAAAGUCUGAUCGUGUAACUGUUGUAUUUAGCACGAUUUUUCGUGAUGAGGACGACGUGAUUAUUGGCAAAGUAUUUAUGCAGGAAUUGAGAGAAGGUCGCCGAGCAUCACAUACAGCUCCACAAGUAUUGUUCUCACAUCGUGAACCACCGUUGGAAUUGGCGAAAACGGAUGCAAGAGUAGGCGACAAUAUUGGAUACGUUACUUUUG